AGUUGGUCUUGGUCUCACCUCGCUUCUUUCAAGUUUGAGCCAACCAGAUUGGUCUGUUGUUUUGUCGUCUUGGAAAGUCGGAAACUUUGAACGCUCCACUUUCAAACUGCUCUUCCCGAGGGCAGCCACCACUCUAGUUCAAUGAAUCAAUCCUAUCCUCAACCCAGAUUACACGAGACACUGCUAUAUACUGGCGUCGCGGUGAAGAACAACUCCGAUACUGUUUAGGGCGUUAAUACGUAGAGGUACACAAGCAUACGACCCUCCCUCCCGUUUUUAAACAUCUCCGAAAAUCUUAAUGGUAGUGUGUAAAUCGGAGGGUGUUGGGAAAGCUGGGAUUCGGAUAAGCCGCCUGCCACGACGGUUUCUUCUUCCGUUUAAUGGGUUUUCAUGUAAUGCAAGCAAGCAAAACCCAUGUGCCCCGUGCCUGAUUUCUGCGGUAAAGUUUGACAUAAAAAAAGGUCCGAGUUUUGGGAUUGUGUUCCUUAUAUUUUCGGGUACGGUUGUAGAGAUCUAAAUCUAGUAGUUCAAGAAGUAGAGCUUUUUUCUUCUUUCACUUUUGUUAUUCGAGGGAUUGAAGCUUGGUUUUGUCGCGUUUGUCUUUGCUCAAUUCAUAGAAGCAUCAAGAAACGGAGUGUGAAGACAAAAGUCCCAUCUUGUUCCUGGUCAUAAGCUUUUUAUUGGUGAUUCUCAAAAAUGGCGAAUCGGUGGUGGGCAGGUAACGUGUCAAUGAGACCAAAAGAUCCCUUGUCUUCUCCAUCGCUUCAUCUGAGAAAUCCAGAGGAUAACCAUGGCGAGAUGAACCGGUUCGGUGCUGUGCGAGAGCAAGACUUCCUGGAAAACACUAACAACACCACUCCGACCAAUAGCAGCAACAGCAACACUAACGCCAACACAAACACUACCUCACAGAGCCAGAACGCUGACGACGGCGACAGCCGAGAUAACGGCCGCGAAGCUGAUGAUCAGAACCCGGGCGGCCACGACGGCACUGAGCCGGGCAGCAGCGGUCGCCGGCCCCGGGGCCGCCCUCCUGGGUCAAAAAACAAGCCAAAGCCACCGGUGGUGGUAACCAAGGAGAGUCCUAACGCCCUCCGCAGCCACGUGUUGGAAAUAUCCAGCGGCACCGACGUUGCUGAGAGCCUCUCCACCUUCGCUAACCGGAGACAUCGUGGGGUCUCGGUGCUCAGCGGAAGUGGCAUUGUGACCAAUGUCACUCUCCGGCAGCCAGCAGCACCAGGUGGGAUUAUCACACUACACGGAAGAUUCGAGAUUCUGUCUCUGUCCGGGGCGUUUUUGCCGGCCCCUUCACCACCUGGGGCCACCGGGCUGACAGUGUAUCUAGCCGGCGGACAAGGGCAGGUUGUUGGUGGUGCUGUGGUGGGUUCACUGGUAGCAUCAGGUCCUGUAUUGGUGAUUGCAGCUACAUUCGCUAAUGCCACGUAUGAAAGAUUGCCACUUGAGGAUGAGCCAUCUGGGGAAGAAGUUGAAGUGAAAACCCAGCAACAGUCAGGAGUAAAUUCAGGAACUUCUGGGCCUCCUGCAGCAACUCAAGCUAUGAACGAACAAGUAUCGAUGCCUAUGUUCAAUAAUUUGCCUCCUAAUUUGCUGCCAAACAAUGAUCAAAUGCAACAUGACGUGUUCUGGGGUACCCCUGCUCGCCACCCUCCUUCUUACUGAGAUUAUUGAAGAAAACGAAAAGCGUAACCGAGAGAGAUCUUUGGUCUUAUCUUACUGAUGACUUUUGCUAGCAAGGUGAGGAAGUUUUUGUUUAUUUGUUUAUUGUUAAUUGUUAUGUUUGAGAGUCUUGAAAGAUGAUGUUUUGUAUAGAGACCUCGUGUUCUAGUUGUAUUGCUUUCUCUUCCUUCUGAUCUACUACCAGUUUAAUA